GAGAGCUUAUAUAGCAGUACUUUGGCUAGACAGCUUGACUUGAAGGAUAUUUGGAGGCUGGUGCAGAAAGAUGUGGAGACAGAGUGCGAAGAAUUUCAGGAUGAUUCUCUCAACACAAGUGCAGCAGAUCAGCUGAAAGAGAAGAUUUCAAGAGAAAUAGAAGCUUUGAAAGUUAAUUUUGAGAGAAAAGAAUCAUUUUUGGGAUCUCUGAAAAAUAACAACUUGGACCUGCACUUCAUUAAAAAUAAUGAUCUUUAUCGGACUUGCCGCUGGAAUUAUGGUCGUAAUAUGUCACCAACCUCUCCUCUUGUUGAUGCCCUGACCAUAGAUGCAUUGAAUGGGAAUUCUCCAAUGCACCAUAUAAAUAACCUCUACCAACCUGCAUUUGUAUCUUGUGAAGAUGUUGACUGCUACGAAUGCAGGGCAGCCCGUCUGUUUCUUCAGAGCAGGUUUGCAACAUCCUGUCCCUCCAUGGUACCAUCUACUGCAGCUCAGGGCUGUAACGGGAAUGCCAAGGAUAAUGUGCAGCCUUUAAAUGUUACAGAGACUUAUUCUGAAGCCAUCAGUAGCUCUGCUGACAUGGCCACUGAUGUUGAUGUUGUUGUGACAAACUCCCCCAAAAGGAAGAGAAGUCUCUAUGGUAGUUACAGACGACAAGACUUUAUCAGAAGCUCUGGUCAAUGUACUGCCAGCAGAACUCCAGAAUGUUCCCUCCAGUAUUCACUGCCAGGGUAUGGAUCAUGUGUGCCAAAAGACAACAACAACACAAUACAAAACACAAACAAGACAUGUCCCCCAUCAUUCCCCUGCAACAAUUGUUUGCCCUCUGACUAUAACCUGAAUGAUACUCAGGAUGAACCUCCUCAGGGAAGUCGAAGGCCAAGUUUCACACUAGCACUGGAAUGUAACAACCCUGGAAGUCAGCUGUCUUUAGAUCAUUCUCAGCUGUUUCAAUCCAAAGAAGGGAGUUAUUCUUUUACCGAAGAACUCAGAAGGCCAAGUUUUAAAGCUGCUAUUGAAAGAGGCAAGGAUAAUUAUUCGGCACCCAGUUCCACCCCCAAACGGAAGUUUGUUCAGAUAGCUUCACCAGAGAUCACAGGGAGUAGAGAAAUAACUGCCCUGGCUAGCCCAGGAAGUUUGGGUAAAGGCUGA